GAGCCCCCCCCCCGCCCCCCCCCGACAGCGGAAGUGGAGGCGCAAGCCGGAAGUAGCCGGAACCUCAGUGAGCAGGUCUUGGACAGGAUCCUGAGGUGCGUCGGAAAGGAGGCGGUGGCCAUGGAGUUGGGCGAGCUACUCUACAACAAGUCCGAGUACAUCGAGACGGCAUCUGGGAAUAAAGUUAGUCGCCAGUCAGUGUUGUGUGGAAGCCAGAACAUUGUUCUCAAUGGCAAGACCAUCGUAAUGAAUGACUGUAUAAUCCGAGGGGAUCUGGCAAAUGUAAGAGUUGGACGCCAUUGUGUUGUGAAAAGUCGUAGUGUUAUAAGGCCACCAUUCAAGAAAUUCAGCAAAGGUGUUGCAUUCUUUCCUUUACAUAUCGGGGACCAUGUUUUUAUUGAGGAAGACUGCGUGGUCAACGCCGCUCAGAUUGGUUCUUAUGUUCACGUUGGCAAGAACUGUGUGAUUGGGCGCCGAUGUGUGCUGAAGGAUUGCUGCAAAAUCCUUGACAAUACAGUAUUACCUCCAGAAACUGUGGUACCACCAUUCACUGUCUUCUCAGGCUGCCCAGGACUCUUCUCAGGGGAGCUUCCAGAGUGUACUCAGGAGCUGAUGAUCGACGUCACCAAGAGCUACUACCAGAAGUUUUUGCCUCUGACACAAGUCUAGUGACUGCCUCCAGUCUUGGAUUUGCUUGAGCUCUGAGAUGAACUUGGGGACAAAGUGAAUGGUCAGCAUCACGUGUCUUUGCAACUUCCACCCUCUUUCCCUUUUUAAUUCAGAGUUUUUCAGUCGUUGAAGGCUCUGAGCUUUUAAGAAUUUAUUAAGAGAACAUUUGGAGGAGUUGUCUUCAUGUGGUGUGCUUCUACCUUAUCUAUUAGCAGUCACACUGUACCAUUAUCUGUCCCCAGCAUCCCAGCCCCCCCGGCCUGAAGGCUGGAGCCUGCCUGAAAUGGGCCUGCAGAGCAACAGCCCUCACCCAGCAGGGAAGUCGGGGCUGGUGUGCUGGCUCUCAGCCAUGCAGUACCCCACUGUUCACCCCUCCUGCAGAGAGCCCUCAGCCUGCCUGCUACUGCUGACGUGUUUGGCUGGUGGCCACAAUUGCAGCAAAUUGUAUUUGCUCAUAAUUCUUGGGAAAAUGGUUUAUGGCUUCAGAGUCCAAAUUCCUGUGGCUACUAAAACUGGAGGGAACGUGAUUAGUGUUUCUCAUCUUCCCAAAAUGACCCUUGCUAUCCUAAGGUGGUUAAUAAGAGAUUUUCUUUUUCUGUUUUUUUUUGAGACAGGGUCUCACUAUGUAAUUCAGGCUGGCCUUGAACCUGUGGCAAUACUGCUCUCUCAGCCUCUCAAGUGCUGGGGUUACAGGCGUGCGCCACCAUGCCCGGCUUCUCAUGGUUUUUUAGGCCUUUGGUUUUCACUAAGAAGACAAGACCUUGGGCUGGGGAUUUAGCUCAGUGGUUCUGCCACCUGCCUCACAAGCGCAAGGUCCUGAGUUCAAUCCUUGGUACAAAAAAAAAAAAAGAUAAGCCCUCAGCAUCCCAAUUUUUGUAUAUGUGAAGUUCCAGGUUGGAGUCUCCCCUGUGACUUGAUCAAUUAGCUUGUCACUCCUUGCCAAAGGUAUUUGUCUUACAUCACUGAAGGCGAAGUGUUCGUGAACACUAGCUCUCCAGUCUAGAACCAUUCAGCCCAUGCUGAGUUUGCCAAAAUCCCACGGUGCAUACAUGCAUGAGGGGCUCUUAACAUUCUUUUGCAGGCACUGAGGCAAAAGAAGUGACUUUGCCAGGGUUUUUCUUACCGUUCUCUCUGGCUGACAGCACAGUUGGCUCCUCCUGGUUUUCUGACCUCUUGUUUAGAAGGAAGACUGAGAAGCCAGGGGCUGAGAAGAUUGGCCUCCCUAGUGCUCUGAUCUUCAGUGAGUGAGUAAGGCAGAGCAGGUUAGCCUUAAGGUUAGAACUUAGUGGGAGCCAUCUUGACUUAACAUCCAGGUGUGGGGUGUGCAGAAACAGCUGUGUGUAAUCAUUUGCACUCGUUUAGUUUAAAACUCCUCUCUGGUUUGUCAUUUGUUACGUUUCGUGCAUUAAAAGAUUGACACAUGGGA